CCAAUCGGAUUUUAGGGCAAAUCCGAUGGAACUGCAAGCGUAUUCUGCAGUUUGGAGCUCAACAUUGGCACCCAUAUGGCGCCUGAUCAAAUGGCGAACGUACCUGGACCGUUGAUUUGGGAGAUAGUGAAGAAGAAUAACUCGUUUCUUGUGAAGGAGUUUGGAAAUGGAACUGCAAAAGUACAGUUCAGUAAAGAGACUAACAACCUCUGCAAUGUUCACUCCUUCAAGCACUCCGGACUAGCAAACCGCAAGACAGUUACAAUUCAGCCCGGAGGUAAAGAUCUGUCUGUGGUACUUGCAACUUCAAAAACAAAGAAACAAAACAAUCCCUCAAUUUCACUUCAGAAGUCAGUAAUGAAGAAGGAGUUCCCUCGAAUGGCAAAAGCUGUUGUGAAUCAGGUUUCAGAUAAUUAUUACAGGGUUGAUCUAAAGAAGGCAGCUCUUGCAAGGUUGAGUGCUGUGCACAGGAGCCUCAAGGUUGCCAAAUCUGGUGUGAAGAAGAGGAACAGGCAGGCUGUCUAAUUCCACGCUUGAAAGUGAGACGCUUGAGGAUGGAAGAGGACUAUUUUGAACUUUAGUCCUUUUUUUGACAUUCUCGAUGGUUCUAGUCUUUUAAAAAAAAAAAAUUCAAUGUAUUGCAAAGAAAUUUUUCCUAGAUUCCAAUCUAUAAAAUAUUAAAUAAUUCUCUACGUUCUGCCAUU